AGAAUAAAGUUCCGUUUCCCGGUCCAGUCCAAGAGAGGGAUACCAUAGAAUGCACAAAAGAAGAAGAAAUUCUGGUCAUACGGAUCGGGUCAUUAAAACCCUAUAUAAACCCCAAUCACAAGCUCCGGCAAUCAAAACCGCGAACAACCAUGUCCUAUGGCGGUAAAACCAUGGCGGCGCCGGCGGCGGUGAGUGGCUCUGCCUCGGCGUCGACGAUAAAGCAAGUGAAGUUAGAGAGAGAGAGCGAGCUGAGAAUCGAGGUGGGUAGUGAAACGCCGCUUAAGCUCCGACUUCUUAACGGCUCAGCCGAGAUUUUCGGAUCCGAAUUGGCCCCUGAGAUAUGGCUCACUUUCCCUCCUCGCCUCAAAUUUGCUGUUUUCACUUGGUAUGGAGCUACAAUUGAGAUGGAUGGCGCUACUGAAACUGAUUAUAUGGCAGAUGAGACACCUAUGGUCAGUUACGUCAACGUGCAUGCUGUAUUGGAAGGACGUAGAAACCGUGCUAAAACUUCAUCACCUAAUGAUUCUGAGGCAUCCCAGGGACCUAGGGUGAUUGUUGUGGGGCCUACAGAUUCUGGAAAGAGCACCUUAUCAAGGAUGCUUCUUAGUUGGGCAGCUAAACAAGGUUGGAAACCUACCUUUGUGGAUUUGGAUAUAGGCCAAGGAUCUAUAACUGUUCCAGGAUCUAUUGCUGCUACGCCUAUUGAAAUGCCCAUUGAUCCAGUGGAAGGAAUUCCUCUUGAGAUGCCUCUUGUUUACUAUUAUGGGCAUACAACUCCUAGUAAUAAUGUAGAUUUGUAUAAAGCACUUGUGAAUGAGCUUGCUCAAAUGCUGGAGACUCAAUUUGCUCAUAAUGCUGAAUCACGAGCUGCUGGCAUGGUAAUCAAUACCAUGGGUUGGAUAGAAGGUACAGGCUAUGAGUUGCUUCUCCAUGCAAUUGAUAUAUUUAAAGCCAAUGUUGUCUUGGUUUUGGGUCAGGAAAAACUGUUCAGCAUGCUCAAGGCUGUAGCAAAAAGUAAGCCUAAUGUGGAUGUUGUGAAACUUCAGAAGUCAGGGGGUGUUGUAUCCAGGAAUGCAAAAUUCCGUCAGAAAGCUAGGGCUUACAGGAUUAGGGAGUACUUUUAUGGCCUCGCAAAUGAUCUUUCCCCUCAUUCUAAUAUUGCAAACUUUAGUGAUCUACUGGUCUAUCGGAUUGGUGGUGGUCCACAGGCCCCAAGAUCAGCUUUGCCAAUUGGUGCAGAUCCUGUUGCUAACCCUUUAAGAGUAACACCUGUGAAUAUUGACCAGGAUUUGCUUCAUACUGUUCUUGCUGUUUCAUAUGCCAAGGAGCCUGACCAAAUUUUGUCAAGUAAUGUUGCUGGGUUUAUUUACAUCACUGACAUUGAUAUUCAGAGGAAGAAAAUUACAUACCUUGCACCAUCAGCUGGGGAUCUACCAAGCAAAUAUUUGAUUAUGGGAACCUUGACAUGGCUUGAAACUUGAAUCAUCUUUGAGCAAAUAUAUUUGAUUCUGCCUGUAUUUCACCUACUGAAGCGAAACAGAGGAGCUGUAACUUUAACAAGUCCAAUGCCUGAUGUGAUUUAGCUUGGACCAUCGAAACUUUAUUUCUGUAAAGCAACAAAAAAUUGUCAUGCUUCCUGGUUUUGGUAUUACCAAUUUGUUCUUCUUAACCAAUCUUGAUAGUUAAUUGAGUGGUACUGUUUCACUUUCGUGCUUCCAUAUUCAGGUUAAGCUUGCUCAAGGAAUAAGCCAAUGUUAUCAAUAUAUAUCGAAAUUACAUGCUCAUGGGCCGACCUGGCCGUUGGAACUUGUCUUUUCUCGCGAUGGAGGUGGAAGGAAAAGAGAAAACAGGAUUUGGCGGUGCUGGUGUCAGCCGGCGGACGGUUGCACUGGAGCUUGUUUAGUAGGCCAUGAAGAGAGAGAAAGAAAAAAGAGGAAUUUUUUCUAAUAUGUAUGGUAGGUAGGGUUAGUAAUUUCUUACAUUUUUGUUUAAAAUAAGGCCCAAGAGGCCCUAAUUGGCAAUUAAGGUGCCUUUGGAACCUUACUUUUAUAUUAUGUAAUAAAUGUCCUAAUUUUUUGUUAGUAAA